UUUCACUCAAUAUAUACAUAUGUAAUGGAAAAUAAUUACAAAAUGCUCCUUUAACAAAUGAGAAAAUUAUGAACUGUAAUAUAAUUAAUAUCGAGAAUCCAGAUGUUUCUUCAAUUACGAGGAGAAUCUAGUAUUUUAUAUGAUUAUUGUAUUCUGCAAUUAUUGUAGGGUAAUUAUCCUGAAAUUCGUUUUUGAGCUGAACAAGCAGAGUGACCUAAUCUCAAUGAUUUUGUGAAGUGAGGUGAUAAUGGAAGCGUGUUGGAAUACGCAAUUGAGUUUGGGUGCAGCUCCAAAACCUCUAUUUCUCGACCAACUCCGCCGCCGCCUCCCUCAAAUUCCUAGCCACCGCAACCAUAAUCAAGACCCCGCCACUUUUUCUUCAUCUUUCCACCAUCCUUCAACUCAUAUUCCCAAUUAGGUUUACCCCAAUUCAAAUUCCCCAAAAUCAUGGACCUUCAAUUUCCGCCAACCUCGAAUCCCCUCUCCCUCUUCUUCGCCGGCUAUUUGAUCCUCUACCUCAUUGCUUAUUCUGUCCUCUUCCGCAGCUGGGCCUCCAAGCUCCGCCCCGAGGCUUCCAGCUGCGCCAUAUCCCUUGCUCACGGCACGCCCGCCGUGUUCCUCGCCGCCCGCGCCAUCCUCUCCGACCCCGCCCGCGAUUUCCACUCCGCCAACACGCCGCUCCAGAAUCUCGUCUUGGAUUACAGCAUUGCGUAUUUCCUGAUGGAUCUCGUCCACUACCUCAUCUUCUACCCCACCGACGUCCUCUUCAUCGGCCACCAUUUGGCCACGCUCUUCGUCUUCGUCACCUGCCGCUACGUCGUCUACCACGGGGCCUUCGCGAUUCUCGUGCUCUUGGUGCUCGCUGAGGUCACGAGCUUCUGCCAGAACGUCUGGACUCUCGCCAGCGCGAGGAAGUCGGAUGUGGAGUUUGCAGCUAAGGUGUUUGAUCUUUUGUCUCCUCCGUUUUAUGCACUCUAUUCUGUUGUCAGGGGUUUCGUCGGCCCUUAUUUUGUGUAUAGGAUGUUUGCAUUCUAUGUGACUGGGGCCGCGGAUGCUGUGAUACCCAAAUGGGUCUGGAUUUCGUGGCUCCUUGUUGUCGUCACGGCCAUUUCAGUUAGUAUAUUGUGGAUUGUGAAUCUUUGGGUUGUCUUCUUUAGAGAAGACAAGAAGAAAGCUGAAAAGAAGGUUAGAUAGUGGCAAAGUUAGUGUCUUUCCUGAGAAGGGUUUCUCACAUUAUGUGUUCUAUGUAACAUGAGCUUGGUUCUUGCAAUGACAAUGUGAUGACUUAUUGUUAUGAUUUUAUGAUUAUGUUAACCUUUCUCUAGUAA